AUGUGGACACUUAUAGCCCUCCUGCUUCUGGUUCCAAGCAGCGGAAAAGCUGCUACUCUGGAGAAGCCUGUACUGUCUCUACACCCACCUUGGACCACCAUCUUCAAGGGGGAGCGAGUAACCCUGAGAUGUGAUGGGUACCACCCUCUGCUGCUGGAGCUCCGGCCCAUUAGCACGCUCUGGUACCUGGGCCAUGUUCUCCUGCCUUCCCACAAGAAGAGCAUUGAGGUGCAGGCACCAGGGGUAUACCGAUGUCAGACACGAGGAGCACCUGUCAGUGACCCCAUCCACCUCUCUGUGUCUAACGGUGAGUGCUGGCCCUGCUGGCAGGGUAGACACCAGGCUAUUCCCAAAGGACAAGAAAAUGUCACAUAG